ACAACCGUCCGUUCCGCAGAGAAAAGUUGAGAUUGGAAACAUGUAACUUAGCACGCUAAUGGCGAGCUAUCCGGUUUUAGUUGGCUUUCAGUUGAUCCGAAACGCAGUCUCAAUGUUGCUGUAACGUCUCGAAAGGAUGAAAACCCGGGAUUCACCACCGCCGCCGCCGCCGCCGCCGGUUCAUGUCCACGUACCGGAGACCACACCUGUACAUGUUCAUAUGAGGAGGAGUCCCAGCAAGACCCCACAGAACAGGACAAAAGAUGCCCCGGUGAAGGGAGACGGAGGGAGGCCGACGGUGCGGUCGCCGUGGAUUCCUCCGGGAAGACUGUCCUGCCGAAGAGAUAGAAGCAGGGUGCCACACCAGACAGGAAGCGGAAUCAGACAUCAGCGCGAAGGAGAAGAGCCAGAGGAGGAGAUGGCCGCAGUAUCCAAAAACCUCAGCAUCCUACUCCAAGAGCAGGAAGGCAUUCGUCGUUUAAGGAAGUCGGAUUCGAGGAGUCAACACAGAGAGACGGAUGUGCUCCUGAGGGCGCUCGUAGAAGCAGAAAUCGACGGCGUAGCAGUGGUUAAUCAGCUGACGGCCCUGAAGGAAACUAUCGACAGCCUCGCCAGGGACAAGCGGCUAUCAAAGUUACACGCAUCUUCACUGGGACGGCAGCAGGAGUUGUUGUUAGAGAAGAUCGAGAUGUUUGACAACACGAAUCAGAGCCUUCGAGAGCUCCUCAGGGAGUGGGGUGAACACGAGAGAGAUUCACUGGUGUGGUCAGAACAGAAAGACGCCUUGAAGAAGAGAUUGGGCGACAGCGAAGCAGAGAACAUUCGACUUUUGGCCAAACUCACCAACAAGGAGAAAGAGGUGUCCAAGCUGGCCGAGCAUUUGGACUUUGAAAAGGACAACUCGAAGGCGACGGCGGAGCUUUCAAGAAUCCUGGGGGCAACGCGCGACCAUCUGGAGUCUCAGCUGAAGAGAGCAGAGGCUGAAAAGGCCCACCUGGCUGCUCAGAUCCAGAGGAUGCAGCAGAGCCAGCAGCAGCAGCAGGAGGAGCUCCAGGCUCUGCGGGAGGAGCUGCAGAGUCACAGGCAGCGGAGGGGCGAGGAGGAGAAGGAGAAGGAGCAGGGGAGGCGAGACCAGGAAGCCCUGGCCCUGCUGACCCAGCAGGCCGAGCGAGCCCAGGAGUCCGCCAGAGAGCUCGCAGAAAAACUUCAGGAGAAGGAAACCCAGUUGGCUCAAGCUCUGUCCACAUCCAGCGAAUGGUGCCUGCGACACUCUAAAGAGGCAGCUGUUAAAGGACAGCUGGAGGAGGAAAUCUCUGCUCUCAAACUCCAGGUGACCGAGCUGAAUUCUCGGCUCCGCUCGGCGGAGGAGAAGAGCCGGGCGGAGAGGGAGGAGCUCAGGGAUCAGCUUGAUCAUCUCAGCGCUGAAAACGCCUCCACAAAGCUGGACAACCAGAGACUCAAGGGUGAGCUGACGUCAUCCGAGGAGAAACUCAGGGGACUUCAGUCUGAAGCCCGUCAGCUGAAGUCAUCAAUCCGAAAGUAUGAAAACCUGGUGGAGAAAUACAAGAAGAAGGUCCAGCAGGCUCGCCUGGAAUCCGAAGAGUACUGCCUGAAGCUGGAGGUGACGCAGAAGGAGGUGCGGGAGGUGGAGGUGAGCCUGGAGAGGGAGAAGGAGCAGCUGAGGAGGGAGCUCCUGGGCCGGCUCAGAGAGCUCGAGACGCUGCCCGACAGACUGAGGAGGACCGAGCAGCAGCUCCGAGAUGCCCAGCAGGAGGCCGACACCCACGAGAGGAGGAACCUGGAGCACAACGCUGCCCUCUCCGAAGUCAGACACAAGGUGGAACAGCAAGGCACUCAGCUGGAGACAUUUCAGCAGAGGAACCUGCUGCUGCAGGAGGAAAACAACGUUCUCAAGGAGAAGAUUCACAACUUGGAAAGGAGGCUGGAGGACAUGAAGGUGGAAAACAAGGCAAUGUCUCAGGCUCUCACCUCGAAGGAGGCCGGUAUCCGCAGCGUUCAGCAGCAGCUGGAGGAGAAGACUUGUGAGUGCAGCGUCCUGAGCAGACAGCUGCAACAAAGUCUGGACGACGCACAGAGACAGGUUGACGACAGCAUCCAGAGGGUUUUGGCCAAGGAGAGGGCGUCUCAGUCUAAAGCUUUGGACCUGCAGAGCCAGCUGAGCCGGGCCAAAACAGAGCUGAGUCAGCUACAGCGAAGCAAGGAGGAUAUGGAGCGUCGUUUCCAGAGUCACCUGCAGAACAUGAAGGACAGACUGGAGCAGUCAGACUCUACAAACCGCAGUCUGCAGAACUAUGUUCAUUUUCUCAAAACCUCAUAUGGAAACGUGUUCGGUGACUCUUUGCUCGAAAGCUGACCGCACAACUCACCAACCUGACCAGCAUUCGUCCGUCCCCAAAGCAUUGCAGUAGAUGCAAAUUACAUUUAUUGAGUAUUUGCUUUUGACUUGAGAGAUUUAUAAAGUCUAUGAAAUUAAUAAAGCUUUCUUUAAAAAAAAAAUCUUUUUGUGUUUUUAGUCACCU